UUCAUAUGAUUCGUAAACAUGACGGGUGGAAAAAUGCGAAACGUCAGUUUUACUGAUUUUUUCUCCAAAAACAUUCAAUAAUACAUUCAGAUAGAAAUCGUUUAUUGAAAAUAUAAGGAAUUUUUAUAAACUUGUUCUUGCCAGUCUGCAAUUGACUGCAUUAUCCAAAAUAACCAAAACGCCACCGAUGUAAAUCAGCCGAUUCUGUAACGAAUAUACAUGAAAUUUCCGACACUUUAAACAAGAAAGUGGAAAUAUGCUGUUCGGACUGCGAUUGCCGAGGGCCAAAUUUAUGGCUUUGCCUGAAAAAGAGUUGCAGUCAUAUUGGUUGUAGUGAAAAAUCAAAUGAUCAUAGUACGAUUCAUAAUAGUAACGAUCCGUAUCAUUGCGUUCACAUGAAUCUUUCAACAAGUCGCAUAUGGUGCUAUGAGUGUAACUGCGAAGUGUUUUUGGAUCAAAGCAAACGCAUCAGUUACUCAAAGGGCUGUGAAAGUGAUCAGGAUGAUACUGACAGUGUUAUGUUUAAUAAGGAUUCUGGGCAUGGAAGUUAUGCCACUUUGCGAGCUAAUAGUCCGGAUAGAGGGCCAAUUUUUCAAAACAGUGUUGGACUUAAUGUCGUGAUGAACGGCGAUGGGGAUGCUUCCGACUCCAGUGAUGUUGGUGAGUCUGGAAGCUGCACUGCUAGCAAUAAAAAUAGAGGAUUAGUUGGCCUACAAAACAUUGGAAAUACUUGUUAUAUGAACGCCGCACUUCAAGCUCUAAGCAACACUAAACCACUUACAAGAUAUUUUGUGGAUUGCGCAAAUAUUGUUGAAAUAUUAUCGGAAGGAAAAAAACCUGGUUUAAGUAGGACAUAUCAGGCCCUGAUUAGAGAUAUGUGGGUGAAAAGAAACGCUCAGGGAUUUGUGACACCUUCUGGAAUUCUCUAUGGGAUUAGGAGCGUACAUGCAAUGUUUCGGGGGUAUCACCAGCAUGAUACACAGGAAUUUCUUCGGAAUUUUAUGGAUCAGCUCCACGAGGAAUUAAAACAGCCCGUGGCUCCGGAAUUUGCAAAUACGAACGAUUCUGACACGUUCAGUCUUGCCAUGGAAGAGACUCAUAGUGUUGGUCUUAGUUACGAUUCAUCUGAGGGAGAAUAUGAGACGUGCGACUCCGGUGUUAGUGAACGUUCCUCACUUAGUGACGACUCGGAAGCACAACAAGUGAACGAGGCUCAAACUGGAGGAAAGUCUCCAGUGGUCAGUAGUUUAGCGAACAAGCGCAGGUUAAGUCGAUGCCAAAGCCCUGGUAGACGACAAAGACUUCGAGUGGCUAGUCAAAGUGUUAUUGAUUCACAACCGGGUCUUAGCUCGAAUCAAAUUCACCCCAGAAAACAUUUGAAGUAUCGGUCAAUUAUAUCCGAUAUUUUCGACGGAAAAUUGCUCAGUUCCGUACAAUGUUUAACAUGUGAUCGCGUUUCAAGUCGUAUAGAAACAUUCCAAGAUUUGUCUUUACCCAUUCCCUCGAGAGACCAUUUGUUGCUUUUGCAUGGCAGAACUGCUACUCCUAAUGCCACUUGUUCCGAUGCUGUAUUACCUGUACAAGAUGGUUGGAUGUCAUGGUUAUUAGCCUGGUUAAGAUCUUGGUGGUAUGGGCCGGUAGUAACACUGCACGAUUGCUUGUCAGCAUUUUUCAGUACUGACGAAUUAAAAGGUGAUAAUAUGUAUAGCUGCGAGAAAUGUAACAAACUAAGGAAUGGAGUUAAGUUCAGCAAGGUGUUACAGUUACCUGAAGUCUUAUGCAUACAUUUAAAACGGUUUAGGCAUGAACUGAUGUACAGUAGUAAAAUAUCGUCAGCUGUUAGUUUUCCCUUGAAAGGGCUUGAUAUGUGGCCAUACCUACACUCAAGCAACACUUCAAAGGUGUCAAAUUACGAGCUUUUUUCGGUGAUUUGUCACCAUGGUACUGCAGGAGGUGGACAUUACACCAGUUUCGCGUUAAAUAGGGGCCAAUGGUACGAAUUUGAUGAUCAGUAUGUAAGCAAGGUUUCAGCAGAAAGAGUACAAAAUUGUGAAGCUUAUGUGUUAUUUUAUAGGAAAGUCCAAGCCAGUGCUGAAGGCAUUAUACAUGAAGUCACUUCAAUGUUUCAAGAGAUAGAUGAAGAUGAUGACAUCAAACGGGUAUAUAUAUCCAAGCAGUGGAUAAACAGGUUUUAUUAUUGCGUGGAACCUGGUCCGAUCGAUAAUUCCGACUUUUUGUGCCAACACGGAGCUUUAGAUCCCGAUAGGCAACCAUCACUCGAGUAUCUAUUUAUGCAAAUUCCUUUAGAAAUAUACGAUUAUCUACACAAACGAUUUGGUGGGUGUCCCCCCAUGACCGAGUCAAUCAUUUGUCCUGCCUGUUUGGCUGUGCAAAAGAAAAAAUUACAUGAAAUGAAAUCGUUCCUUGAGUUAAACAGCAAAGCGCAAGCAGAAGGUUGGCCUAACACCCAUUACAUUUCAACGGCCUGGUGUAUUCAGUGGCAUGCUUUCGUCCAACGCAAAAUUAUAGAAGUAGAAGCCCCAGGUCCAAUAGACAAUUCGAAAAUUGAUGUGAACUAUAUCGAUGCUGAACAAGCUACUCAGAUACCUCAAGCCACAUGGGAGUUCUUCCAUGGAAUUUAUGGCGGCGGUCCCACAAUUCUUGUUGAUUUGGAAACCGAAGGAGAUGGAGAGUUUCCAGUGGGUGAAAGUGAAACCGAAACUGAGCAACAAACGGUUGUAGGAAAUGAAAUGGGAGAUGCGCCGAUACCAUUGGACGACUAUGUAGAGUCGAUUCAAGAAAAGCUUUGCAAUGGCUUUGACUCAGAUAUUACAGAAGUAAUGGGAGCAGAAAAUGCAUCAAAUCUAGACGAAAAUCCUUCGCAACCAAAUUUACCGGUUGAAAAUAGACAAAAUACAAAUUUUGAGAAAGCGGAAAUCGUAUCAAGAGAGACUGAAGACAAACGAGAUGACGUUUCUGUAUUAGGCUUCAAGCAAAGACUACCGAAUAUUGGGAAUACAAGAGGCCGUUACAGACGGCGGAAUCAAUAAAAUGCCAAAACCACUGUGGCAAAUUUAUUAAGCACCGUAUAGUUUACCAGUUUGUACAUACAAGAUAGAAAAUAUUACAUUGUGGUGAAAUUCCGCUCCGGUGUUUGCUUACAAAGGCUUUAUGGGUGGUUUAGGUUAGAACGGUGAAAAUCCAGCGCACGUUAAAGUUUGCGUACAAUUUAAUAGUUUGUUAUCAAACCUAUUUAACCCGGAAACAUGUUGGACAAAUCAAUCACACGUUUGAAUUAGGACAUAGGUUGUUUAAGAAUACGACCCAAAAAGCCAAAGCCAUUUGAUAACAGUACAUUCUCCAUUGCUGUAGAAUGAAAGUUUCGAUAUAUAAAAUUCAGUCUUAUUUAUUUAGUUAAUUUCCAAGUUGACAAAGCAAUACAUUUUUCAAUGCAAAUAUUUCCAUAAAGAAAUAUAUAUUUUUUUACAUUUGGACAUUAGAUGAGUCGGUGCCAACAGAUUCUACCUACAUAUUACCACAAAUCGAUUUAUAAACAAUACACUAUUCUUUUUUCGACUUAAUUCUUUUAAAAAUUGGAACCAAACUUUUUGAAGCGUUGAUUAUAUGCUAAUCUGCAGAAUUAUUACUCAUAUAUUGGUGCGCUAUUACUAUAGUUUAUUAUGGAUUCGGUCCAACUACAUUUUUCAAUUCAAGGAUUUUAUAUUUGGCAGUCUUAGGAUAUAUACAGGACUUAGGAUAUUACAUCGACCUAAUUCAGAUGACCAUGUCAGUUUUGUCAUUUAACAUAUUUUAUUAUUUUUUGAAACGUUUGCAGCAUAUUGGUCAAUAUGUGGGAACGGCCUUAUACAUGAACCUGAUGGUACGGCAUUUUCUCAACAAAAAUUUAAAAAAAUGCAGCAAUUGUUUUUAAUUUAAAUUAUGGUUUUUGUGAAAAAAUCGCUUGAAAUGAAAAUGAAAUGAAAAAAACGUUAUUCCCUAAACUCCCUAUUGUCUGCACAUUUUUUUAAAUUGUUUUAUUAGCUACAUUGCUAUCUGUCCGCUUAGUGUUUAGGGUGCUUGGAAUUUUGAAAGUCAGUAAAGAUUCAAUGAAAGUAUUUUUUUAUUCGUUUAUGUCUGCAGUUUUUCAAUCUAGCAGUUUUAUGUUUUUUACAAUAGUCGUGGAAUUUCAAAGUAAAAUAUAUAUGCAACAUAGUUUAUGAUGACAAACUAUUAAAUUCUUAAAUAUUUUCAAAUAAUUUCAAUUGUUGAAAUCUGUUGACUAGCGGCCAAUGUUAAAUUUAAAAUGUGUUAUAUAAGUUAGAAAUUACAAAUUAAGUAAUAAACAAUUUGAAUGGACGUCUGUUUGUUCAGUUUUGAAUAGCAUAUUAUGUAAUUUUUUAUACUUGUUAUUUCUCAUAUUGUUUGUGUCGUAUUUGUUGAUGUGUUAGUGUAGUGAUUUGCAGUUGUAAAAGUUUCUUCUAAUUGUAAAAACAGAAGACCGUAGUGUGGAAAAGGAAUAAUUAUUUUCAACACUUCAAAUAUAGGGAAUAAAAUAUAUUUAUUAAA